AUGAACCCGGGGCGCUUCGUCAACGGCGAGUUCGUCCUGACCGACAGCCAGAGGAAGGGAAUGAGCUUCCGCUUCGCUCCGGAACCAAACGGCCCGCUGCACAUAGGCCACAUGAAAACCUUCCGCACGAACUUCAACUGCGCCGCUGAGAAUGGUGGCCAGAUGAUCCUGCGCUUUGACGACACGAACCCAGAGACGGCCUCCGUUGACUACUGUGAAGACGCCAAGGAGAUGUUGCAGUGGCUCGGGUACGACAUCAGCGCCUUAAGGACGACCUUCACGUCAGACUACUUCGAGGUGUUGAUGCAACAUGCUCGCACGAUGAUUAAGAAAGGUCUUGCAUACGUAUGUCACGAGGACUCCGUCAGUUCUGCGAAAGCGUCCCCUUGGAAGGACAGAUCGAUAGAGAAAAACAUUUGUGAAUUUGAAAGGAUGGUAAACUACGUAUAUCCAAAAGGUAAAGCUGUUCUUAGACUGAAGUAUGAAGACAGAUAUUUUGUGGACCCAGUGGCCUACAGGAUUAAGCAGGGCAACCAUUUUAGGACAAAGGAUAGAUGGGCGGUAUAUCCAUCCUACGAUUUCAGCCAUCCCAUAGUGGACUCUAUUGAAAAUAUCGCUGUGUCCAUUUGCACCUUGGAAUUUGCACACCACAGAAUUUUAUACAACUGGAUUCAGGAAAAGCUGAACCUCCCAUUGGUUCCCCAGCAGGAACAACCGAGGCUGUCGCUAGAAAAUGUAGUAUUAUCAAAGCGGAAAUUGAUCAGCUUGCACAGGGAGGGUGCUUUACAUGACAUGGCGGACCCACGUCUGGCUACUCUCGCUGGCCUUCGGAGUCGUGGGAUUCCUCCGAAGGCGAUUGAAAAGUUCGUGGCUCAAGGAUUCCGCGAGUUCGCUCAGCUGCUCGAUAUCGCCAGGAAGGAACUGUUGCCAGUUGCUGAGCCCUACAAGAUGGUCCUGGAUCCACUCUACUGCCGUGUGGUCAACUAUGCGGAGAUUAAGCAAGGCGCCGAGAAUCCGCAAGAGCCGCUGACCGAGCCCCAUUUCUUUAUCAGUGGCCUGGACUUCGACGACGAUGACACCUCCGACGAAAGUUCGCCGCAAAUUUUAUCUCGCAACAGGCCUGCAAGCCUCUUCGGACUGCCAUACAAGAUCACCGUGAAGGAGGUGGAGCGCCGCGAGGGAAAAAUCCAAGCCCUGGCAGUCGCCCUCACUCCUAACGACAAGGUCAGAGGCCUGAGGUCUUUGGUCUGGGUCCCCGCUCCCUCUCGUGCCACUCUUGUUUACGCCGACCACGUCUUUACUGGGAGUGACUUGCAACCUGCGCCAAUCCGGUAUGCGAGGAUCUACGCAGAGCCAGGGUUCUUCUCCUUCGUAAAGACGGGCGAAAAAUUCAUCUACGGUCAGACCUUUCGGGCAGUUAAUAUCGGUUACGUCACUGUCUCGCAAAGGUCUACCGAGCGUGACGUACAGGUAACACUCCCUGUCCCUGUGUAUG